AUGUACGGAGUCCGUUGGGUUGCACCCACUUCAUGCCAUCCCAGCCCACUGGUACUCUACCCAAAGAGCCAGAAAGGCCCCCAAGCCCCUCACAGCCCAGCGGAGCAAACCGUGGCCUGUGUAACCAAGUUGAAAAAGAAAAAGGCAUCGUCUCCUCUUAAUUGUGGCGUAUGCAACUUUCCGUCUCUGCAACAUCGACACAGCUACCAUCACAUCACUCAAGCGCAAACUCGACCAACGCCCUCACUCAGUAUGGCAGCUACGACAACUGACUUCCACGCCAACAAGGACGCGGCUAUCAUGGAGUUGACUACUCCUCGCUCCUUCUCGGGAGCCCAAGAUGACACGGACUCCAUCUAUUGCACUACGGGGGCCGACAAUCGUGACAUGGAACGCAUGGGUCGCAAGCAAGAGUUCAUUCGCCAGUACCGUGUCUUUUCCAUGAUUUCCUUCGUUUCCAUUGCAACAUCAGCCUGGUGCCUAGGUGCUUUCGAGGUCACUCCCGCAUUGGUCAAUGGCGGUAUUCCCAGCAUGAUCUUCUCCAACGUGUGGUGCUUCGCCGGCUACCUACCCAUCAUUCUCAGCAUGGCCGAAAUGUCUAGCAUGGCCCCCAUUGCGGGUGCCCAGUACCAUUGGGUCUCUGAAUUUGCACCCGAAAGCUGUCAGCAACUUCUCAGCUACCUGACCGGAUGGUCCUCGACUAUGGCCUGGCAGGCUGGGAAUGCGCUGGGCUUAUUCCUGGUCGGAACUCUCAUCCAAGCAACCAUCACUCUCAACAACCACGACUACGUGGCUAAAACCUGGCAUGGCAGUCUUUUCGUGAUUGCGGUUUCCUGCACCACCGUCCUGGCCAAUAUUUUUGGGUCAAGGAUUAUCCCUCAUACCCAAAAUGCCAUCUUUGCACUCUCGCUUCUCGCCUUUGUCGCUUUCCUUGUCCCCAUCUGGGUCAACGCGCCGAUGGCCGACUCCAAAGACGUCUGGACGAACUGGGUUGACAGAGGCAAUUGGGGGAACCUUGGGCUUUCUGUCAUGGUUGGACAGCUCCCCGCCAUGGCGGCGUUCCAGGGAAUUGAUACGGCUGCGCACAUGUCUGAAGAAGUUCGACAGGCGUCCGUCUCGGUUCCCAGGGUCAUGAUUGCAGUUCUCUGUUUCAACUUUAUCGAGACGUUGCUUGUGGUUGUCACCCUUGGCUACCAUAUGCCCAGUGUCCAGGACGCCCUGGACGACGUGUCGACGUACCCGGUUGUUCAUGUGCUCAUGAAGUCCAUGUCGCUACCCUGGGUCACUGUCUUACUUGUCAUAAUCUGUCUCCUCUUGACCCUGGGAAAUGUCUCGUAUCUCGCUGCUGUUAGUCGCGACCUGUUUGCGUUUGCUCGCGACGACGGCCUGCCUUUUUCCAAGUGGCUAUCCAAGGUUGACCACGAACGCAAGAUUCCGACCAACGCCUACAUUUUCAGUGGUACCUUAAGCUCGCUCCUGUCUCUGGUCUACAUUGGCAGCCCCGUGGCGUUUUAUGCCAUCACCUCGCUCGGGGCUGUGGCGGUCCUCCAAUGCUACUGUCUCAGCAUCGGGUGCAUUCUGUGGAGGCGAGUCCGUCAACCCGACACCAUCCCUGCGGCGCGCUUCUCACUCGGCCGAUGGGGCGUCCCGGUGAACUGUGCUGCUGUACUCUUUAGCGCCUGGAGCUUCUUUUGGUCCUUCUGGCCUCAAACCAACCAUCCUUCGGCCUCGGGCUUCAACUGGGCUUCUCCCAUCUUCUCUUGCGUCCUCAUUGGGGCUCUCAUCUACUACUACAUCAUCGGUCGUAAGAGAUACCUCGGUCCCGUGGCCCUGGUCGAGGGCCGCAAGGAGCAUCUCUCGUAA